UGUGAGUGACAACAGCUGAUCAGAGUUAGAUAAUAGCAUAUUGUCCCCCAAAAACGAACAUCAACAUGGCUCUGAAGUUUGUGGCCAAGUCAUGCAGGUCCUUGCUGCAACGUGGCGAUCGCCCUUUAUCCUGGACCCGGACACUCUCCCAUUAUCCCGUGAACGAUGCCAUGUUUGGUCUUGACGAAGAUCAGCAAAAGUUGCGGGAAGUUGCAUUCAACUUCUUCCAGAAGGAACUGGCUCCUCUGGCCAAGGAGAUAGAUAAACUGGAUAACUUCAAGGACAUGCGGCCUUUCUGGAAGAAACUGGGCGAUCUUGGUUUUCUGGGCAUCACAGCAGAGCCAGACUUUGGAGGCACUGGGGGCAGCUAUCUAGAUCACUGCAUCAUCAUGGAGGAGUUCUCGCGUGCGGCUGGUGGCGUGGCCCUGUCGUACGGAGCCCACUCCAAUCUGUGCAUCAAUCAGCUAACUAAGAACGGCACUCUCGAGCAGAAGGAGAAGUAUCUGCCCAAAUUGUGCAGUGGUGAGCACAUCGGAGGCCUGGCCAUGUCCGAACCAGGAGCAGGAUCUGAUGUAGUAUCCAUGAAGCUGCGUGCCGAGCGCAAAGGAGACUACUAUGUCCUGAACGGAUCAAAGUUCUGGAUCACAAACGGAUCCGAUGCGGAUACUCUGGUGGUCUAUGCCAAGACAGGGAAAAAUGGAGUUCCUGACAAGCAUGGUAUAACCGCUUUUAUAGUGGAAACUGCCUGGGAAGGAUUUAGUGUGGCCCAAAAAUUGGACAAGCUGGGCAUGCGAGGCAGCAGUACCUGUGAGCUGGUAUUCCAGGAUCUAAAGGUGCCGGUCAAAAAUGUUUUGGGCCAGGAGAACAAGGGCGUCUAUGUGCUAAUGUCCGGAUUGGACUUUGAACGCCUAGUGCUGGCCGCCGGUCCAGUGGGUCUAAUGCAGGCUGCCUGCGACGUGGCCUUCGACUAUGCUCACCAGCGCAAGCAGAUGAGCAAGUUGAUUGGAGAGUUCCAGCUGAUCCAAGGCAAAAUGGCUGAUAUGUACAGCACACUGAGUGCCUGCAGAAGCUAUCUCUACACGGUUGCGAAAUCCAGCGAUGCUGGCAAUCGUAGUCCAAAGGAUUGCGCUGGCGUUAUCCUCUACACUGCCGAGAAAGCCACCCAAGUGGCCCUGGAUGCCAUUCAGAUCCUCGGUGGCAACGGCUACAUCAACGAAAAUCCAACAGGCCGUAUCUUGCGAGAUGCCAAGCUAUACGAGAUUGGCGCGGGAACCUCUGAGAUCAGGCGUUGGCUCAUUGGUCGCCAGCUGAACCAGGAGUACAAGUAGAAGAAGGAUUCUCUCUUUUUCCAAUCUUAUCCAGAAACGCAUUUAUGGUACGACAACAGUGGCUAUUAUAUGGAUCAACUCUACUACCUGACAGACUAAAUGUUGCAUUUAUUUUUUUAAGACGAUUUAUAAAAUCAAUACUUUUAUCAAUGUUUAUAUAUGCCUUAAUAAAAGAAGAAAGAACUUAUAGCAA